AUGGAGGCCACUGAGGUACACCCGGUAGGGCACAGGGAGGCGCAACACCAUGAGCGACCGAUGGACCCAGAGCUUAGCUUGCUGUGGAGGGAAACUUUGAGAAUCAAACAUCGUUGUAGACACGAACGAAGGCACAGCCGGCAACACCACCAGAAAGCCGGAGCAGGAACCAGCGAUGGAGCUGAGCUGUUCGCAUUCUCGGUGGAAAUAUCGGUGAUGACAACAACACUCGAAGCUGCUAAACGCGGCGACAGAACUGGAGCAGUAGAUGCGAUCGCCAAAGCGACGAGUUGUGGCGUGGACGAUGCCACCAUCGUUGUGUUUAUGCUAGAAGGACUAGAUGUCUUUGAAGGCGAAGGA